UAUUUCUUUCCUCGAAGCUAGAGUUUGACGGCUACGUUUCUCUUUCUCAGAAUCAGAUCGGCCUCCUUUCCCCCUUUCGUCUUCGCCUCUACCACUCGUAAAAGGUAUUUUGGGAAAUGGCAGAAUCAAAACCUGGACUGAGGAAACCGGUAUUUACCAAGGUUGACCAACUUCGGCCUGGCACCAGUGGGCAUACUCUUACAGUGAAGGUUGUGAAUACUAAGAUGGUAUUACAGAAGGGUCGCCCUGAUGGUCCUCAAGUCCGUCAGAUGCGAAUUGCUGAAUGCUUGGUGGGUGAUGAGACUGGAAUGAUCAUAUUUACUGCCAGAAAUGAUCAAGUGGACAUGAUGAAAGAAGGUGCUACCAUUAUUCUGCGCAAUGCUAAGAUAGACAUGUUUAAAGGAUCAAUGAGACUUGCUGUGGAUAGGUGGGGCCGAGUUGAAGUUACUGAGCCUGCCAGUUUUACUGUUAAAGAAGAUAACAAUCUUUCACUCAUUGAAUAUGAACUUGUGAAUGUGGUGGAAGAGUGAAUUUUGUGAUCGUGUUCACUUUCCUGCUGCAACCUGACCGUAAAAUAAAACAAUCCAGCUACAAAAUUACAAGUUUCCUUUGAGGUACCGAAAAAUGCUCGCGAAAGUUCAUUAUUAGGAAAUAGAAUUCUGGAAGCCAGUUGUACGAAAGUUGAUUCUCAUCCCUGCUGCCUAUUGGUGGAACUGUUGUUGGGAUCUUCAAACAGGUGGUAAUGGCUGUCAGUUGAUGGAAGAAGGCUUAGCUGGCUUUUGUGAUCUUUCCUUUGUCUGGUAUUUGUUGCUUAUGAACACAGUUUAUGAUGUUCUUGACUAUCAUCAGAUGACAGACUUGCGCCUUGCUCCGUUAAACUUAUGUUUUGAUUAUUCCAGGUUUAUGCCAACUUAACCGCUUUCUGAUGCCAAA